AUGUCAUUAAGUUUAAGUGAUUUGAUCAAUCAGUCAUUAGACAAGAUCAAAAAGGGCAUCACAAAAAAAUAGUUUGAAUUGAAAUAGCUUAUAGAUGAAACUCUAUAGAUCAAGGAUUUCUAUGAUGCAAAUCACUUGCUCAAGGUGUAUUAAUAGUGUAUUGAAUCGAAAUAAGCUAAAUUGAUAGAGUUGGCUUUAUUUGAUAUCAAAAAUAUUGUAGAUUAGGGUUAUCUGGCAGGAGAGCAAAUCAUAGGAGAAAAGAGAGCAAUUGAGAUAGCCUUGGACUUGGUGAUGUAAACUCAAUUGGAGAAGGAGGAGACAGUUUAAAUACACAUGAUAAAAGCAAUUUAAGCGAUAAUGACUAAUAAGAAGCAUCACAUUUAUGGUGAGUCUGUGACCAGAGUAUUUUCACUUUUAAUAAAUCUGCAUUCAGUAUCUAAGAUUGUUGCAAUAAUAAAUGCUAGCAAGGAGGCCUGCCAAAAGAUCGUUAGUACUUAUUUUGCAAGACUUGAAGAUUAUGGCAUACUUGCUGAAGAUGAAUAUCAAUUAGCCAUUUAAUAAUAAGGUAAUUCUGGAUAAUUAGUUUUGGGAAAAUGCAAAGCUUUAGUUAAUGCAGAAUAGUAUAUGAAAUCAUUAAUGACAUCUAUGGUUGAUGAGGUUUAAAUUUAUUAUGAAAGAUGCUAAAUUUAUGAGAAGCAAUUAGAAGAUUCAAAUAAAUCAAAGGUGAUUGAUAUCACUUUACAUGAACCUAGUUUACGAAAUGUAACCAUGGAUAACAAUUAAAUAUAAAUUAACAUUAUCAAUGAAUUGAAUAUCAAAAAUGGUAAGUUUGGUUGGUGUACUGUUUGUAGAAGAUAAGCAUCGUAAUAUUGUAAAGAUACGAAGGUACCAAUCUGUAGUAAGGAAUGCAAAUUUAUUCAUUUAAAUCAGAUGUUUAACUUCUCUUAAUCUCAUUCACAUUCUACUUUUAGUGAAUAGUAUGUAAAGGAUGCAUAUGAAAUUUUAGAAAUGCUUUGUUAAUUGAGUUAGAGAGAUCCUUAGAAUCCUUAAUUAGCCUAAAUGAUUAUCAAGUGUAAGGUUCUCUCCUUGGAAUUAAUCUAUGAGGCUUUGGCUCAAAGUGACACAACUAUAUUGUAACAUAAACCUAAAUUAAUAUCAAUAUUGAAAGAAUAGUUGUUAGAAUCAUUGCUUAAGAAUUCUCUUUCAGCUGAGAAACAAUUAUUGAUAUUGACAUUAAAUAUUUUCAUUUAAUUGAUCUGGAGAGUAAGAAGUCAUCUCAAAAAGGAAUUGGAAGCUCUGAUAGAAAAUGUGUAUUUUAAAUUUCUAGAGAGCAGCAACAGUUCCUUUGAUCAUAAGCAAUACACUUUGAAGGUUUUCAAUAAAAUUCUUACUCGUCCAAAAGUUGUAAUUGAAAUAUUUGUAAAUUAUGAUUGCUCAGUUGGAUAGAAUAAUUUACUUAAGAAAAUCCUAGAUAUGCAGUGUCGGAUUAUUUAAGGAAGAUAUAGCAAAUAAGAAUUUUAGGCUUCGAUAUCUUAGAAUCAAGAGAUAUAUCUAAAAUCUUUAUGCUUGGAUAAUUAUUGUGGAUAUGUUAGAAGUUUAAAGGAAUAUUGUGAGUAAUACGAAGAUUCUCAGACUGUAGUUUAAAUCUAAUCUUUUGAUGAAUAGGAAGAUGCUAUUAUAUAGUAACAGUAAUUGUCAUAGGAUCCACUUGAGAAAUAGAAACAGAUGAAAUUAGAAAUGAAUAAGGCUGUUUAGAAAUUUAAUUUUAAACCUGAGCAUUGUGUAAAGCAUUUAAUUGCUGUUUAAUAUAUGGAGAAUAGAGAUCCCAAGUUAUUUGCUUAAUUUCUUUGGGAAAAUAGAGAUUUAAAUAAAGAUAAAUUAGGAGAAUUGUUUGGUGGUUCCAACGAAUUCGAUUAGAAAGUAUUUUCAUUGUAUGUAGAUUUCAUGAAUUUCAAAGGAUUGUAAGUAGACGAGGGAUUGAGAUAUAUGUUAGAAUUCUUUACUUUGCCAGGAGAAUCCUAACAAAUAGAUAGGAUAAUGGAAAAAUUUGCAUCAAAGUUUUGCAUCGACAACCCUGGAAUUUAUUAAUCAGCAUCAGCUGCAUAUACACUAUCAUACUUGCUGAUGAUGUUACAAACUGAUUUACACAAUGAGAAAAACUUAGAUAAAAUGACUCUAGCUUAGUUCACCAAUUUGGCUAAGGGAAUCAAUGAUGGAGAAAAUCUUCCUUAAGAAAUGUUGUAAGGAUUCUAUUUAAGAAUUUAAAAAACACCUUUGGCUUUGCAUGCAAAAGAAUAGGCUAGACGAGCAUUGGAAUAAGCAAAUUAAGUUGAUUAAAGAAAGAGACAUGCGAUGUUGGCUAAAGAGGCAGAAGAUUCACUAAAAAAGUGGUUUAAAGAACAUCCAAAUUCAGAUGCAUUCUGUUAUGUCAAUUCGAUAGAACAUAUGAAGUCUUUAUUACAAUAAACCUGGAGUGUGAUAUUUGCAUCAAUAAGUGUAUUUCUGGAAUAGAGUGAAGAUUAAUAAUAGAUACUAUUGUGUUUUGAAACAAUUCAAGCAUUUAUUUAAUUGAUGGGCAGAUUCGAUUUAGAUGAAGAGAAGGAUACAUUUAUCAGUUUUCUAUAUAGAUAUUGUACAAAUAUACCGAGCAAUUAUAAAUAAAUAUUGGGAGUACAAACUUUGAUUAAGGUUAUUCUAUAAUCUGGGUAAUAUUUGCGUAAAAGUUGGAAGGUAGCUUUGCAAUUAAUAUCAAGAUUGGAAUAAUUACAUCAGGUAGUUAAGAAAAUCAAAGUAGACUCACCCUACAAAGAGAAUUAUAAUUAAGAAGACAUCAUUAGUAUUGAGAGAUUGUUUUAAUAAAUACAAUACGAUCAGAUUGAUAAAAUAUUUAAUAGUUCAAUCAAUCUGGAUUCCAACUCUAUUUUGGAAUUUAUAAGGGCCUUAUGUGAGUUGUCGAAGGAGGAGAUUAAAUACAAUAGACUAUUCUUAUUGAGUAGAGUGAUUGACGUUGCUGAAUUUAAUAUGAAUAGAAUUAAAAUUAUUUGGUCUAGAAUGUGGGAAAUAAUGAGGGAACACUUCCUUGAAGUUGGAUGUCUCAAGAAUGUAGAUGUUGCAAUCUAUGCUAUUGAUUAACUAAAAUAAUUAAGUUGCAAAUUCUUGUAGUAACCUGAAUUGACAAAUUAUUAUUUUCAGAAGGAAUUCCUACUGCCAUUUGAACAAAUAUUCAGUCACACUCAAGCUUAAUAGUAAAAUAAGAUAUAAUUGAGGGAAUUCUUAUUAUCUUGCAUGUGUAUGAUUACAAAUAUUUGUUUCAACUCAAUUAAAAGUGGAUGGAAGAUCAUUAUGAGUAUUGUCAACCAAGCUCUGUAGGAUGACUAGUAGUAAUUGGUUAGAUUAUGUGUUUAGAUAACCGACAAAAUAAUGGAAGAUGUGAGUAAUCAACAAGUCUAUUCUGAAAUAUACAUGGAGCUUACUUAAGCUUUAAUUAAAUUGACCAAGAAUAAGGAUGUCAACAUAGUUUCUAAUUCAAUAAAAUAAUUGAAAAUUUUGGUUGAUCAUAUAGUUUAGAUCAAAAGAGAUGACAACAAAUAUUUAGAUUAGUUAUGGAUUCCUGUCUUGUCAGCUCUAUCAGUUUUAUAUAGUGAUGAAAGAGGAGUUGUACAACAAUAAAGUGUCAACACCUUAUUUGAAUUAUUAAAAGUGCAUGGGGAAUAAUAAUCUAAUGAAUUUUGGAAGAUAAUUUUGAGAGGAGUGAUAAGACCAUUAUUUGAUGAGAUUUAGAUCUCUAAAUUGCAAUUUGCAAAGUAGUCACAGAGUAAGUAAUAGGUAAUCCAAAAUUGUAAGAUGACCUUUUAUCUAUUCACAGAUCUAGUGGUUCUCUAUAUCUAACAAAUGCAACCAUGCUUAAAUGAUUUAAUUGAUAUAUACAUUUAGCUGGUGUUGUAAACUUAAGAUUUUCUUUCAACUUUAUGCCUAGACUCACUUAAAACUAUAGUUAAACAAGGCGGGUAAUCAUUUACAGAAGAAAACUGGACUGUUGUGAUUCAAUAAAUAUAACAUCUUUUGUAGUAAUGCUCUCCUAAUGAAUUAUUUGAGGCUUAUAACUUGGAUGAGGAUUUUCAGAAGCCUUUGAAUGAACUUUUGAAGGAGGAAAUACGACCAAAAAAGUUUAGUUUUAAGAUUAAUGCUUAUGAAUGCACUUCAAAAUAAUCCAUACAAUAGAAAUGUUUGGAGAUUCUAGAGGUGUAGGCUAUUCAAUUUAAUAAAUAAAUAUCUGAAUAACAUCGACUAUAAAUUUUAGCAAUUUUCAGUGAGUAAUAUUAAAAAUGCAAGAUAUUUAACACUCAUUUAUACAUGCGAUAUUUUUUAGAAUAGUGGGCUAUGUAAUGGAAUAAAGUAAACAAUGGGCCAGAAGAUUUCGAUGAUCUAUCUGAUAAUUAGAAUGCUACUAAACAAUUGAGUUUUAUCAAUCAAGAAUUUAUUUCAGCAACAGUUAUAAUUCAACUAACAGCCAAUCCCCUAGAAUUUAUUGAACAGUUAAUUCAAAGAUUCAGUGAUGCUUACAAUGGAUUUUAGUAACCUGUACAUAAACCUGAAACUUUGAAUGGCAGUUUAGAACAACGAAGAUAUUCUGAAUCCUAAACUAUAAUAAGCAUGUCUUAAAUUUUAUUUAUGGAAAGUGUAUUUCCUAUCUUGAAGGCCAAUUUACAAUGGAAGAUAGUUAGCAAAUGGCUUAUUUAAUUAUUAAAAUUGGGAUUGAAUGCUUAAAAUGUAGAGAAUAGAGAAUAUAACAAAAUUUUAGUAAAUUUAUUAGAAGAAAUAAUAAAUUGUGAGAAUAAUUAAUAUUGAAUCUAUUAAUUAAAAUGGUAUAUAUGUUUUCAAUGUAAAUC